AUGACCAAGAUCGAUCACAUGUUCGUCUCAACAGACUGGCUAGAAAUUUUCCCAAGAACCCACCUUCAAGCUCUAGUAUCGCUCGGCUCUGACCACUGCGCUCUCUUUCUCCAAGGGGACGUCGCACUAGAUUUGUAUAGAGGAUUCAGAUUUGAGACGUAUUGGGCGUCCAUGCCCGGUUUCAGUGACAUGGUCCAAGAAGAAUGGAAUGAAGUGGCAAACGCACAUGAUGAUAUUUUGCGCAUUCAUGUCAAAUUACUGCGCACGGCCAAGGCACUGAAGAAUUGGAGGUGA